GUACAAUACCUAUGGUUACAUCAUUUAUUUCAACAUUGAAUACAAAUACUGGUGUAGCGCAACUUAGCGCCUGGCUUACUAGUCAAGCUAUUCAUGUACCUCCUGGUUGGAUUGAUGCUUGUGUGGCUUGGCUUGCUGAAGAGCAUGGAGGUAUUGAUGCAUGUAAUCAUCUUACAAAGUCUGAUUGGUGUCGAUUAAUAUAUGAGCAAUGGCUUCAUUCUGAUUUGAAGCAGUUAGAAUGUCCAGUUCUACCGUCAACUAUAUCUACUUCAAGAAAUCCCCAUGACAAUUCGCUUAGCAGUGGUACUGAUGCAAAUACCAUGAAUUCACCUGCACUUAAGCUGGAUGGUGAACUUUGUCUUCAAGUUGUCAAUUUAUUCAACAUAGGCGAAUCAUACUAUGGUCAACUGAGACGACAUGAGGGUAAUUUGAGCGUGAAUCUACCUUCAUUGGAAGUAGACAGUGAAAAUAAUCCAGAUGGACAUACUACACAAAUGACACAAGCUUUUAGUCAAUAUCUUAAUCAGAGUCCAACUCAAACAAACAAUUUUAGACAGUCAACAAUGGCCAAUUGUCUCACUCUAUUUCUUACUGAUGGAGUAAAUGAAAUCAAAGUUAUUGAAUUUGGCACCCAAUCCACAAGAUCACGAUCUUCUUUACCUUUUAAAGAAUUAUCAAAAAAACUUCGACCUGGAGUAAAAAUUCGUCUACGUGGACCAUUACUUUUACGUAAUAACGUCUUACUUGUUCCUCCCGGUGCUUUACAGUCACUAUCAAGCCAUCAAUUGGAAGUUUUAGGCGGUGAGGUUGAUGAACUCUUAGAAAACUAUGAAGAAAAUACUAUGUAUGAGGUUGGUAAACUAUUGGCUAAUAAACUAAAUAUACCAUUAACUGAAAAUAACAGCUUGCCGUCUUGGUUUCCUCGUGUAUCAUCUAGACAGUUACGCAGCUCAGCUGGUGAUAAUCUGUUACCCAGUAUAGAAGUGCCCAAUGAGCAGUCUAAUUACGUACCAGACGUUCAACAAAACCGUGAUAAUAACAUUUCUAACAGUGGAAAUAGCAGAGAUCCACUAAGUUCUGUUCGUUACCCAUUGAGUACUGCUUCUACUGGUGAUAGGGGUGUCGUCGGUGGCAGUGGUAGCGUUUCUCCAGAAUUAUGGGAUGAUGAAAUAUUCGAUGAUGCAAUAUUGAGUCAUGCUGCUCAAUCUAUGGAGAAACAGUUAGAUUGUAGUAGAAGUGGUGUAUCGAUUCCACGAAGUUCUGUCCAUUCGUUCAAUGAUCCACUUCGUUUACCAACAAGUGUUAUAUCUGAUGAACGAGAGCGACUGUCAAAUGAAUCUAAAUUUAGUGGUCUUCAACGUACUCACAGUGUUGUUGAUGAGAGCAAAAACAAUGUUUCUAUUGAUAGCGAUGAUCCGUUUUUAGAAGAUCAAGUCGAUCCAGAUAUAUUGGCUUCUGCUCUAGCUGAAAUAGACGAGCAACAGUCAAUGAAUUCUACAAACUUUCCCAAAACUAAUCAGUUAAAAGGGAAUGAGAUGCGAAUUUUUCAAUCCAAUAAAAAUGUAUCCGAAACAACUGCAACUUCGUCCACAUUAUCAUCAACUUUAAUGAAAACAAGUACAGUAAGUCAACCGAUAAAAUCACAAAUAGAAUCAAAACAAAGUUUGAAACAAACGUUAUUAAAGCUACAGUCACGCAGUCGAUUAGUGGAUAAACUGAAUGAUAAUCCAUCACUCCCUUCUUCUUCUUCUUCUUCUUCUAAACCGCAACCGACUGAACCAUUCUCACCAGAACCAGUAAAACCAGACAUCAAAAAAGUACAAACUAACAUCGAUAACAAUGAAGAUCUUCUGCCACCAGUUCCUAAACGUAAAACAUUGGAAUUCAAGCAAACAAACAGUACUAUUGCAAGUAAUAGCAAAUCUAAAAAUAUACUACAGUUUGCAUCUUCAUCCAGCCAUCAAGUUGUUUCAACGGCUACAGAAGAUAAUCAUGAUAAACACAUGGUCAGUAGUAGACAACUGUCAUCCAGUUCAUUAGAAAUUGAUUAUCACUUUCAUCCAUUUUGUUAUAUUCAAGAUAUAUAUGAUAAACUACUUAAAACAAAAGAUAGUAGUAAUGGUUCAGCCUCCAUAAAUACUGUUUACACAAUUCGUGGUUUGCUUAUUAGUUUGUUGUCAUCAUUAGAACAUCAUAAUGGUACUAAAUGGACACUAGCUGUGCGAAUUACAGAUGGUAGUGCAAUUCUUGAUCUGGAUGUCGCUUCAGACUUACUAACUGAAUGGAUUGGUUUAACUCCUAGUGAAAGUGAAUCAUUAAGACGAUUGAGUAAAAUUGACUCGGAUUCUUCGAAUCCACUUGCAGUUCAAGAGGUUUUAUGAAUAGAAUUAUACUAGUUGGAAUGUGAAGAUUGGCAUGGAUUACCAAUGGAUUAGACUGACUACAUUAGAAAUGAAUUAAAUUGAAAUAACUGGAUACUAUUCAAUAAUACCUAAAGUUGUUGUUCUUAAUAAUUUUCUCUAAAAUUAUUAAAUGUCUUUCUUUUCCAAUAGUCUUCGAGAAAAAAAAGUUAAUUGGAGGCAAUUAACUAUUCUCUUUAUUUUGUUCGUUCUACAUGUGUGAAUUUCAUUAGAACCAUGGUUUGACCUUAGUUAAACCGCCAUUAAAAACUUGGAAUUACUGGAUGAUCACUUCGUCGUAGUAUGGAACUUCCAAGUAAUGACGAUCUUCGACCCACAAGUUGGAAUCGUAUUUAGAAUAUUCGGUUUUGCGCAAAGAUUUUUCACAUGUAGACAACUGAACUGGCAUUCGACGGUGUUUAUAUCUAAGUUCAAUCAGUUCAUGAAAUCCAACAGUCUCCACAAUCACACGUUAUCAAAAUUAAUUAUUACCUUUUCAUUAUUUUGACCUGUAAGCAUGUAAGAUAACAUUUCAGCUAGUGAAUGGUCAUUGAGAGUCAAACAGAGUAGUGGACUAUCUUGUUAACCUUGUCACCGAUGUUACUGGGUUUCAAUGAUCUAUAUUUUUGGAUGCUUAUAAUUCAUAACUGACAUUAUUUUCACCAUUGAUUAGAUUUGGAAAUUCACUUCAGUUUACAUGUAAAUUCAUGGUUUUUUUAUUUCGUUUCAAGAUGAAUCGUCAGUACGUACAGCUUGAAAUAACAAUGAUGUUAGUCACUGCCAAGUAUCGUUUGAGAUUCAAUUAUUGUUUUAAUUAAGAGAAUCAAAAGUAGUUUAGCGCAAAAAUUACUACUUCAGGAUGCCAUUUUCUAAAGCGUUUAGGUUAUAUUCAUAAUUGGUGCAUAUAAAAAGUUAUCUUUUGAUAAACAUAUUGUUUUUUUUUUGUUGGUAAAGAAUUCUUUAAGGAUGAAAAAGCAACGGAGUAGUAAAUAUAUUAAGACAAGUAUAUUGUCCUACAAUAUGUAAAUUGUUUUUGUUUUUACAUUGAAGUAUAAGUUUAAUGGGGAUUAAACAAAAGGAGAAUGCGAGAAAAAUGACAAUCAGGAUUAUAAUCAUUAAAUGCAAAUCAAUAAUACAAAUUUCUGUCAUCGAUUGAUGUGUUGUGAGCAUCCAAACUGCACAAGUAUUGGAUCUUCACUCAACCACUUCGUUUAAUUUUGCAAGUAGUUUUUUAAGAUCACUGUUAAGAAGUGAUUGAAAUCAACUAAGUAUCUCAAACACUCAGCUGUUGUUUGAUUAAUAUUCCGUCAAUGACUAAAUAGAGUAACUCAAAAGAUCACUAUCUGUUUUAACAAACAUUGUGUUGUGUACUACUGAUGUCGACAGAUAUAAGUAGUAUAUAUCAUUCGAAAUUAAAAUGCCCGAAGGUAGAAGGUCGAAGGAAAGAGAACAGAGAAUGAUUGAUAUGGAGACGAAAGAACAAUAAAUUCUGAGACGACUGAUUGACAUUUUCUAGAAGGAAUAGUCAACUUUGAGAUAAUUGAUUGACCGUUUGUAAAUGAAGUAUUUACUGUAUGGUUCCCAGGUUUUACUAAGAUGUUCUGUAAUUUUGUAUUCAGGUACAUUCGAUUGUCUCCAAUUGUGUUCUCGUUCACUACAAUAUAAUCUACUUUUCAAGAAUACAUGAAUCAGUAGAUAUAUUUAGAUAAAUUAAUGAAUUAGUUUAUUUUUAAAUCUCCUGUUAGAAGAAUUAAUUUAAAGCUUAGUGGAAAAUUUAUGUUACUGUACCACCUUUUAUUAUAAAAUUCUAUAGCAUUUCGUCGGUUUCUUUUUCCAAGUUCCAAUCAAUCUACGAUAUUACUUGACUUAAAUCCAUCUCCAUAGAUAAUUGAUUACCUAUCUUACAUUCGACAUCAUUAAAUUUCACUAUUCUUAACUAAGCCUAAAAAUGUAAACCAUUGAAUGAAUAUUCAACAAUCCAUAAAAUUAAACUUUCGUUACAAGCCAUUUAGAUCCUAAAUUCAAUCUCUCAUAUUGUCCUUAAUGCUCAUUUAUCUUACUUACUUAUCUACAAUUAGUUUAUGAUGUAUCUUUAACCACUACGUAUUCUUGCUUACAUUCUUAGUAAAAUGAUUUUAUUGUGUUUUGUUUUCUUUUAAAUCUAUUUUAUUCAUCUUUUAUGUAUUUCCUUUUAUCAC